AUGAUGAAGAGAGACUUAAGUCAAGAUACCAUGUAUAAAAAUUCAUUAAUCCAAAGAAAAGGAUCAUUUAAACAUUUUGUAACUAAAUCUGUUUAUGCACAACAAAAAGCUAUUAGAAGAAUAAUGUCAUUUAAAAAUUGUAAAAGUAUAUGUUAUCCUGAUGAAUCACUAAGAAAAAGAAGUCUUAGUAAAUUAUUUGAUACAAGAUAUUCAUUAAAAGAAAUUUAUAUUAAUCCAUAUAUUAAAGAAAUUGGUAUUAAUAAUUAUUAUCAUAGAGGAAGUGCUCCAGAAAUAAUGAAUAAAUCUUUUGUAAAUCAACAAACAAAAAUAUUAAUAUUAGAUAAAUUUUUUGAAUAUAAUCAAUAUUGUCAUCAUUUUGCUGUAUUUUCGUGUCUGAUAAAACCUUACAUGAUAAGUGUAGAAAAAAAUCAAGGAAACAAAGAUGUUAUCUCUGUCAAACCAAGUAUAACUCAUGCAUUAGCUACUCAAGUUUUAGCACAAAAAUUAGACAAUUUUGAUGAUCUCAAAAAUAAUAGUAAUUGUAGUAUAGAUAGUAUCUCAGGAUCAUAUAAUACUACUUUAUCAGGAAGACAAUAUGAUUUACAAAAUAUUAUUUCUGAAAAAUCAUCAAAUACAUCAUCAUUUAGAUAUGUCAAAACACUAAAAUCACCGGAAUCAUUUGGUAAUAUACAACAAAAUAUUUUAAUAUUAAUAGAAGCUAUUACUGCUGUUGAAGUAGAUGAUAUUGAUACUUUGAAAACAUUAAUAUCAAAUAAUGAUUUUGAUGUUAAUAUUUCAUUAAAAAGUGGAUUAUAUCGUGAAUUUAGACAAAAAAUUGGUUUAUUAGAUGUGGCAUUAAUGUUAGGACAUUAUAAAUGCGCAAAUUUAUUAUUGGAAAGUGGCGCAACAAUUAAACAAGAUAUCGACAUCGUAAAUCGUAGAAAAAUUGUUAGUGAAGUAAAAAAAAUUUUUGAAGAUAAAAGAAAAUACUUUUUAGAAAAAACAAAUGAUAAAAAAAAUGAAGAUGAAAAAGAAGUAUAUCAUUUUGUUGAGCAGUCAAAACUUAUUAAAAAAAUGGAAGAAGUUUUAGGGCAAGAUGAAACUACAGGUCAUGUUAUUGAUGCUAGAGUUUAUGUAAGCUCCUCCAGUACUGUAUUAUUUGAAUUUUUUCCACCACCAAAUAGUUUAGGAAAUACAAUUAUUAAAUACAAAUUAGAAUGGAGUUUAUCUAAAACAUUUGAUGAAAUUAUUGACUAUAAAAUUAUAUAUGAUCUCCGUCAAUCUUCUGUUGAAAUUGAUAAUCUUAUACAUGGUAAUUCAUAUUGUUUUCGUAUAACUGCAGGUUCUAUUUAUGGUGAUGGAAUUCCUAUUAUUGCAAAUCCAUGUCCUAUAACAAUUAGUAGUUGGGAGGAUGUUGAUAAUAUUAUAAUUGGAAAUGAUAUAGAAUCACAUCAAGAAGCAAUAAAUGUGUUAACAAAGGAUGUUGAAAAAUUUAAAAAUUCUAUUGUUUGGCAAACAAUAUUUCCAACAAAUAAUGAAGUAAAUCUUAAAAAAAAAUCAUCAAGGUUACGUCAUCUAUUUUCUGCUAGUAAAAAAUUUGUUAAAAAUGUACAAAAAGGUAUAUAUUUAGCAAGUAUAAUUUACACAACAGAUAAAAUUUUAUGUACUGUUGAUGAUGCUUUACCUAUUAUUAGUAUUGAUGAAAAAAAUAUUAAUAUGUCAAAAGAUGAUAUGAAAUGGUUAAUAAAAUUAUCAAGAUGUUGGAAUCAAUUAUAUAUUUUACAUGAUAUAACAAAUAUUCAAUCAUCUAAUUUUCAAUUUAGAACAUCUAUAAUUGAUAGUAUCAAUUCAAUGAUUAAUGCAUUAGGUGUUAAAGAUAUUGGAACAGUUCACCAUACACCUAUAAUUUUUGAAAAAAAUGAAACUAUAUUUAUAGUUACAGUAAGAUAUACAUUUGAUGGUCAAAUAUCACAAGGUUUAGCAACAAAAUGGAUAACUCUCAAUAAAAUUAUUCGUAAAAAAACUAAUUGCCCUGCAAUUGAUUUUCUUAAUAAUGAAAUUAUAAAUAUAUUAAAUUUUUAUGAAUCUUACCAAAUACCAUUAGAUAGGGGACUUUAUUUAUGCUAUUUAAAAACAUUUUCAACUCUUAACUCUGUAAAUUUAAUUGUACCAGAAAAUCUUCCAAACUCUUUACCAUUUGUUUGUGUACGUGAUAAUCCUCAUGUUUCAAAAGAAGAAUGGGAAUGGAUACAGAUGUUAAAUGAUUACAUUCCAUUUGAAGAUGACAAUUAUUUAAAUUGUUUAAAUAAUGACAAAGAAACAAUAAAUGAUGUUAUAUAUCUAAAAAGUAAUGAUAAUAUUGAUAAUGAUAAUGUAAAUACUAAUAAUAAGAAGAAAAUAGUACCUACUUAUGCACAAAAACAUUUUCAAGAAAAGAUAUAUCGUUCAAUACAAAUAUUUUUAAAUGAUUUAGGUAUAUCAUCAUCAAAAAUGGUGGAUCAUCGAUUAUAUCGUUUACGUAUAUUUCGCCUACAUCCUGAUGUUUCAAUGAUAUUAAUUGUACCAAAUAUAGAAGAAGUAUGUACAAUGGUUACAGAUAAUAAAAAUUUAGUAGAAAAUAUGGAAUUAUUAAAAAGCUGUCAAACAAUUCCAAUUCCUAUUUUUGAAAUGCUUCAUUUAUCAACUUAUCAACCAAAAUUUAUGACAACUUUUUGUCAAUUAUCAAUAUUUAUUGAACAUUAUCUUGGUAUUACACAAUAUGAAUAUCGCAAAUGUAUUAUUGAUAGGGAUGAAAAAGUUUAUAAAGAAUUAUUUAAUAAAUUAAAUGAAUUUAAAAAUAAACUUGAAAAUAUAUGGAAAAAUGCAAAAUGGAUUUCAAAUAUUACAACAAUAGCUCGUGAUCCAAAGAAAAAAAGUUGUUUUGUAGAUUUUUCAAAAAUUUCUAUUUCAAAAAAAUCAAAAGAUACUCAUAAAUUUAAUUUAUAUUCUGACCCUGAAAGUAACAAUAAUAGUCAUUUUAAUGAUUUAAUUUCAAAGAAAUUUGUUAAUAAUGCAACUUUACAUAAAUUAGGAAAAGAAUAUGCUUUAACUUCAAAUAUAUUUUUAAAUAACAUCUCAUCAGAAAGAAAAAAAAAGUCAUUUAGUGAAAAAAGUAAUGCUAUUUUUAGUUUUGAUAAACUUUUUAUUAAUGAUAAUAAAAGAAAUAUGUAUCGUAGUUCUAUGACUGAAAGACAAAAACACACAAGUCAAUAUUUAAAAAAAAAUAAUAAAGAUGAAUCAUCUUUACGUAUACGUUCAGCAUCACAAGGAUCUAAUUUUUUUAAAUUUCGUAGUAAAUCUUCAAAAAGUGAUAUUCAUGUACCAAGAAAAGGAUGUUUGGCUAGAAAUGAUACAGCUAGUAUUGUUAGUGAUUAUGAUUAUAAAAAUACUAUUGAUAUAACUUCUAAAGAAAUGAAAGAAUUUGGUUUACUUCGUGUUCAUUUAGCAUUUAGUUAUUGUCAAAAUAUUGGUGCUUCUAUAAGAUUAAGAGUUACAAAAAAUACAACAUGUAAAGAAGUUAUUAGUUUAAUUGUUAAACAAUUGAAUCAUGUCAAACCAAAAGUAAUAAAUGAAGGAUUUUAUAAUACUCCGGAAAAUAAUAUAAAAAAUAAUGAGAUAAAAGAUGAUAUUUAUAAGGAGGAAAAUUUUUGUUUAGUUGCUGUAUUAGGUGGAAGAGAGCGAAGAUUACGUAAUGAAUUUCAACCAUUAAAAUUAUCAUCACCUUGGAAUAAGGGAAAAUUAUACAUCCGUCACAUAAAUACACCAUGUGAAGCAAUUAUGUGUGGUAAUGAAGUUUUAGUUUAA